CCCUCCCCUCCCCCGCCGCGGCCGGCACAGCCAAUCCCCCAAGCGGCCGCCAACAUGCUCUUUGAGGGCUUGGAGCUGGUGUCGGCGCUGGCCACCCUCGCCGCGUGCCUGGUGUCGGUGACGCUGCUGCUGGCCGUGUCUCAGCAGCUGUGGCAGCUGCGCUGGGCUGCUACCCGCGACAAGAGCUGCAAACUGCCGAUCCCCAAGGGCUCAAUGGGCUUCCCGCUCAUCGGAGAGACCGGCCACUGGCUGCUACAGGGUCCCGGCUUCCAGUCGUCGCGGAGAGAGAAGUAUGGCAACGUGUUCAAGACGCACUUGCUUGGGCGACCACUGAUUCGCGUGACGGGCGCAGAGAACGUGCGCAAGAUCCUCAUGGGCGAGCAUCACCUCGUGAGCACCGAGUGGCCGCGCAGCACGCGCAUGCUCCUGGGCCCCAACACGGUGUCCAACUCCAUUGGCGACAUCCACCGCAACAAACGCAAGGUCUACUCCAAGAUCUUCAGCCACGAGGCCCUGGAGAGCUACCUGCCCAAGAUCCAACUGGUGAUCCAGGACACACUGCGUGCCUGGAGCAGUCACCCUGAGGCCAUCAACGUGUACCAGGAGGCGCAGAAGCUCACCUUCCGCAUGGCCAUCCGGGUGCUGCUGGGCUUCAGCAUCCCUGAGGAGGACCUGGGGCAGCUCUUCGAGGUCUACCAGCAGUUCGUGGAGAACGUCUUCUCUCUGCCUGUCGACUUGCCCUUUAGUGGCUACCGGAGGGGCAUCCAGGCAAGGCAGACCCUCCAGAAGGGGUUGGAAAAGGCGAUCCGUGAGAAGCUGCAGUGCACCCAGGGCAAGGACUACGCGGACGCACUGGAUGUCCUCAUCCAGAGCAGCAAGGAGCAUGGGAAGGAGAUGACCAUGCAGGAGCUGAAGGAUGGGACCCUGGAGCUGAUCUUCGCCGCCUACGCCACCACGGCCAGUGCCAGCACUUCGCUUAUCAUGCAGCUGCUGAAGCACCCGGCCGUGUUGGAGAAGCUUCGGGAGGAGCUGCGGGCCCAUGGCAUCCUGCACGGUGGCGGCUGCCCCUGUGAGGGCACUCUGCACCUCAGCACGCUCAGCAGGCUGCACUACCUCGACUGCGUCAUCAAGGAGGUCAUGCGCCUUUUCACCCCCAUUUCUGGCGGCUACCGCACGGUGCUGCAGACCUUCGAGCUUGACGGUUUCCAGAUCCCCAAAGGCUGGAGUGUCAUGUACAGCAUCCGGGACACCCACGACACGGCGCCUGUGUUCAAGGACGUGACCGUGUUCGACCCUGACCGCUUCAGUCAGGCACGCAGCGAAGACAAGGAUGGCCGCUUCCAUUACCUCCCGUUCGGCGGCGGCGUCCGGACCUGCCUGGGCAAGCACCUGGCCAAGCUGUUCCUGAAGGUGCUGGCGGUAGAGCUGGCCAGCACGAGCCGGUUCGAGCUGGCCACCCGGACCUUCCCCCGCAUCACCUUGGUCCCCAUCCUGCACCCUGUGGAUGGCCUCAGCGUCAAGUUCUUUGGCCUGGACUCCAACCAGAACAAGAUCCUGCCAGAGACGGAGGCCAUGCUGAGUGCCACGGUCUAACCAUGCUCCUGCCCGUGCCCACGCUUCAGCCCCGCCCAGGCAGUGAGGGUGGGGGUGAUGGAAGGGUAGAAACCUGUGUGUGGGAGGGGGCUGGGCCUGGGUAAGGGUGAGCAGCCCCCCAUACCUUGUCUUUCCUUGUUUCCUGUCCUGGCAAACCCUCCCCAGAGCCAAAAGGGCCUCAUCCUUCCUGGAGAUGGGGCUCCCCCUCUUGGCUCCCGCUUCUCUCCAGCCUCUCUCCAGUUCCCACCAGCUUGGCCCCUGCGGAAGGGCAUGGCCGGGGGCUCUGCAUGCCCGUUACAGUGUUAAAUGGCAGUCUGCUCGUGCUAGUGUUUGCUUGCGUUCUGAAUUCGUCCCCUCCCUUCCCACUUCUUUUUGACCCUUUUCGUUUGAGGUCAAGUCCCUGGGUGGCGCAAAUGGCUAAGCACUCACCUACUAACUGAAAGGUUGGCAGUUUGAACUCACCCAGAAGUACCUCAGAAGUCAGGCCUGACGAUCUGCUUCCAAAAGGUCAGAGCCAUGAAAACCCCAUGGAGCAUAGUUCUGCUCUGCACUGUUGGGGGGGCCAUGAGUCAGGAUUGACUUGGUGGCAACUGGGUAGUUUGAGAUCAGAUGAUUGAGAUGAGGAGAGAGGGAAAAGAGAUCCCCCCUUGGCCCCUCUUCAGUGCCCUCUCCCCCCAUUCUGCCACUGCCCAGACUGGGGCAUUGCCCUUCUGAGUGUGGUCACCUUGAAAAACAGCAUCCUGGGUAAUAAGCGUGGCCACCCUGAAGAACUGCAUCCUGGAUAACAGAGCACAAGUCAGCCUUGGCAGGGGAUAGAGCCUGCAGCCAUUCCUGGAGCAGCCCCACCCCUCUGCCAGUUUGGACCUUUGAAGUUACCUAUUGCUGCUACUUUUUCUCUCCUGAUCUUGGGGCAAAGGAGCCCCAGCCCCUGCCCUCCCAGCAUCUUCCAUGCUGGCCCUGGGCACACGCACUGACAUCCCCACCUUUCUGCCAGGCAGCCUGCAGCCAGACCCUGUUCCCUGCUACACUCAUACCUGAGGCCCUUGGCUCAUGGGCCACCUGUGCCCCCUCCCCGUAUUUAUUCACCAAAUCUUAGUGUUCCUAGGGUCUGGAGCAAGCAUCUCCUCCAUUUCCCAGUCUCCAUUCCAGCUGUCCUGGGCACGACUUCUGAGGAUGAAGAGGAAGAGGUUGCUGGUCUGCCUUGAACCAGGCCCUCUGGCCUAGGGUUGAACCUUCACUGGGUGCCGAAGUUAUUCGGGUUUAACCUCAGAGCAUCCCUCCCUGCCUGACACCUAGCACCUCUGCAUUUUGUCCCCUGGUGGAGAUGGGGAAAGGGCCCACAGCCUCCCUUCCUGUUCUAUCAAAGAUCCCAUCAUGCGGAGGCUCCCAGCACUUCCUGCUUGGCCACUGCUCACCCCAGUGCCCCCACUCACCCCAAUGCCCCCACUCCAGCUAGAGAGCAUGGGGAAGGAUACGGGUUCUGCUUUCUGAUGGGGAGUGAGGGCCUCUAGCUUUAGUUCCUUAACCCCACCCUUUGCCCUUAACCCUUUGGAAGGUGUCCUUGAAAUCCCUGUCUGCUUAGCCCAGCUCAGGGGUGUGGGGAUGAGAUGAACGCAAGGGGGAGGUGAGCGUAGAAGGCAGCCCUCCCUCAGCAUGGUCGGAGGCCUCUGUUGGUCUUGAGACAGCUGUGGGGAGGAGCUGCAGUGAGCCGGGGAGGGGGCAUGUGCGAUAUGGUCAGAGGGAUUUGUUUGAAAACUGGCCGGCCAGGGUGACUGGCAGAAGGAAUAGCUCCUGGCAUUGGCAUUUUGAGUGUCGGCAAUUUGGGGUUCCUCCUGGGGGUGUUUUGGGGGCCUUUGGUGAGUCUCUAAGCAAUUUUGUCUGUUUUCAGGUUGUUUGCUUUCCAUGUCUCUUUAUUGGUUUUUGAUGUUAUGAAAGUAAUGGUUCCCCUUUAUAAGAAAAUCAGAAACACUGAAGAAGAGCGAAAUACCUGACAGUCCCCCUAAUUGCAAAUAAAAGCAUUAUUGGCAAAAGUAAUGGGUAAUUUAAAAAAAAGGUAUAAUAUGUCCUAAUCCUCCUCAAUUCUGAAAAACAGGCAAACCUGUAAAAACUCAUCAAAGCUUGUAAAGUGGCUCCAUGGUGCUCUGGAAUUUGUCACCCACAAGGAAGCCCCAGAAUCCCAAAAGUUUCUUAUCCUCUAAGCUGACCCAGCCUGCCCUGUACCAGUCAGUUAGGACAGACUCUGGGAGAGCAGGAAGUGAAGCUCCAGACAGGAAGUCCACCUGGCCUGGCCCCGUGAGGGGCAGGGCAGGGGCAAGGAGCCUCUGUGGCCUACUUGGGGGUGGCCAGCUGGGAAGAGGGCUGAGAAGGAAAAGCAGAAGGAGAUCCCUGUAAGGAAGGAAAGAAGGAUCAUUUGCCCUGCUGGGUCUGAAAGGCAACAAGAAAAGGGAAGAAAGCUCUUGGCUGGCUGACAGGAAGACUCCAUGUUGCAAUCCCUCCAUCCAUUGCUCCUCUGUAGAUCUGUACUGAGGAGCCUGUGUCUGUGUGUCAGUGUGUUUCCUAGAGGUAGCAUUAGAUGGAUGAUGUUUUCUCACUGUUCCUAACUCUUGUAACUUGACUAAUUGAAAAAGAAAAAAAAACAAAACCCCACAGAACCCUACCUGCCACAGGCUUGCAGAUUGAAGCACUUUUGAUGUUGGGCGCUGGCCAUUGUGUUCUGGGCACCAUCCUGACCCUGCCCAGAUGGCUCUAUUAUUUUACACACAAAACUUUUUUUUUUCAUAAAUGUUAUAAUUUUGUGUCUGUAUAAACUAUUAUGAGUACUAUUUUUGUUAUAAUUCAAAAUAGAUAUUUAGUAUAAAAUUUUUGCUGUUAAAUAUUUGUUAUUUAGUAAAAUAUGAAUGUUUUCUCUAUUGUAAACAUGGCUCAAAAUAUGAAUGUUUUUAUCACAGUGGUUUUAAUAUUGAAAAAAGCACUCGUGGAUUUUGUUUGAUAUGAAACUGGUGCCGUGCGAGUGUGUUUCCCUGUUGUGUGGUUUUUAAUCUGUAUAUAAUACUCUACGUUGCAUAUUAAAAACAUGAAUGUUGUGCAUUUUUUGUGAUUUUGGAAAUACUCAAUGUGGCUCUUUUAUAGGCUUCCAUAAUAAACUGUGGGGAAUCA